CGUUGAUACAGGGGAAGUGGUCUUCGAAUGGAAUGCCAAAGACCAUAUCUCUCUUAGUGAGAGCACGUUCCUGCCCAAGAGUACUGUUGCGUUUUCCGAAGCCUGCAUGAAGGAGUGGGACAUUACCCACUUCAAUGCGAUCGAUAAAUUCGACGACGGCGACUAUCUGCUCUCCGCUCGCCAUACAGACACUCUGUAUAAAGUGUCACCAAAUGGCUCAAUCGUCUGGGGGCUGGGCGGCAAGCAGAGCGACUUUCACUUUACAGAUGAGAGGGCCAAAUUCUCACGACAACACCAUGCCCGAGUGCACGAACAGAAUGCGACCCAUGCAGUCAUCACCGUCUUUGAUAAUGCCAUCGGGUCUGGGAACAACGAAUCAGCCAGCAGCGGCUCGUCAUGGGGUCUACAUCUCGCCCUGCGCACCGACACCAUCCCCAUGACCGCCGACUUUAUCGCACGCUAUGAGCACCCCGACUGGAAACGCUCUCGCUGGUCGCCAUCUCGUGGCAGCAUGCAGUUGCUGCCAAACGGAAAUGCCUUUGUAGGCUGGGUAUUCGACUCGUUGCACUCCGAGUACUCGGCGGACGGCCGGUUACUAAUGCAAGCCAACCUUCGCCUUCACGGCACCAACACGUACAGAAGCUACAAAUUUCCCUGGACAGGCAGGCCAACCCGGCCACCUGAUGUUAAAUCCACCGCUUUCAGACCAAUGACGAACAACAGCGCUUUGAACACUGUUGUCUACGUGAGUUGGAAUGGCGCAACGGAAGUCGCUACAUGGAAUUUGCUGCACACCAGUUCCAACGGACGCUUCUCGGAAAUCGUUGCUUCGUCGCCUCGACAAGGCUUUGAGACGCAGCUGCGCUACGAUGGCUUUGCCAAGUAUGUUGUGGCUGUUGGCCUCGAUUCAGAUGGGAAAGAAUUGGGCAGGUCAGAGGUCAUGCUGACCAAAGUCCCUCGGGGUUUGCAGAGCAAAAAUGUUACAAUGGGAGAAAUGCAAUGGGCUGCAGCCGCCCAAAAUCAGUCUUGGCAAUGGAAGGCGCCAACGAUCUUGCACACAGAGCAAGAGGGCCGGGAGUCGGAUUGGGGAAUGCCCGCAUUUGCACUUGGCAUCACGGCUCUAGUUGUUUGCAUGGUGCGCUUGAUGUUACAUUGGAGCCGGAAUGGACAGGAAUCGGGGUUUGGCUUCGCAUCGAAGUUCCGACAGAAGGGGCUUGAUACGGAGCAAGAGGCUGAGCAGCGCGAAUGGAUGCUCGCGGACGGCGAGAUAAGAGGUCGUCAAUGUAUGCAUUGAUUUGGUAUCCAGCUGCACCGACUGUGCAAGUGAAAGUUGAUUCUGUGACAUUUCCUCUCCUGCCGCCUCAUAUGAAGAACGGUGUCACGUGGAGAGGGUUGAUCUACAUUGGUAUCGUUCGACGGAACAAGUCUCGGAUGCUGGAGACGUGAGAUGUGGUUUGCCACCGGAGAAGCUUGCGUCGAUCGCCGAAGGAUGUAUUGCGGAGGAAUG